AUGGCAUCGAGACCGAGUGAAGUAGCGGAGCGGUGCCUCACUCUCGCGCUCACUCUGCUCUCGCGACGACAUCGAGCCGCGAUCAGUACCAUAGUAGUGUCUAGACAUCAUCAAGCUGCGGAGGGGCCAUUGGCACAUCCGCCCUCCUCUCUACUGUCUCCCGUGCGGCGAGCCCAGUCAGUGGCAGACCUCCCCGCGCUCAGCUCCAGGCUGCGUAGGCGCGUACCUGGUUCCAGAUGUUGGCCGCAGACAAAUGCUUUUCACCCCACGCUCAGCUCUCUACCUGCACGACAAGACACUGCGUCAGACUCUAUCAGACUACUGAACGAACUACUUGCUCUCUUCCGCUUCACCUGUAUGCGGGCUGGCGCGCGUCGAUCUUGA